AUGGCAGAAGAAGCAAAACCAAAUUACUCACAAGACUUCCGUCAUUUAGCAAAGGGUAAGACCGAAGUUUCUUUGAAGGAAAUGGUGAGAUACUUGCAAGCAAGAAAUUAUGUUGGACCACUGAAGUUCUACGUAACACUGUCGGACACCAACCAUAACAAUAAAGUCGACGAAAAGGAAUUCAUUCGAUUGAUGGAGUUAGUUGACUCACAGAGCGAUACCAACACACUUCCGGUAUUACUCUUUAAAUUGAUUGAUAGCGACAAUUCGGGUGUAAUCGAACAUAGUGAAGUCGAAAAUGUGAUGGAAAAUGCACGCAAAUUUGGCGCAACGAACAUUUACGAAUGUCUGCGUGAGGUUGGGCAGAAAAUUUCACAAGAUGAGUUCGUCAAGUUGGUCCAACCCAUUUUUGCAGUAGCACAAGACUUUACAACAGUUGACGAAGUCAUCGCAAGUGCGUCUAAGUUGUUUGAGAACAAAGCACAAAAUCGUGAGCAGUUGACCUUUGAAGAAACCAAUUCACUCAUCCAAAUGCUUGGAAUAAAGACCGACAUGUCACUUUAUUCAAGUUUUGCUGACAUCAAUGACGACAAUAAAAUCAACAAAUUGGAGUUUGUUCGUUUAGCUGUGUUGUUGAAGGAGUACACACUUGCAUUAAAACAGCGCUCUACCCCUGGUGCUGGUCUUGACGACCCAGAGACGUUUUGUAUUACUGCGCGAUUGUACUUCAAGUUGAUGGACUUGGACGAUGGUGGGAAUAUAGCAAAAGAGGAGAUGUACAGUGGGAUGGCCAAGUUCAAAAAGCUUCACAAGUCUGACAUCAAAAAGAAGAUGUCAAAGUAUGAUCAAGACAAAAGUGGGACAAUUGAUUUCCCAGAGUUCAAAAGACUUUUUGCUGAGUUACUUGGCAUCGAUCAAAGAGUGACUGCUUUCCAACUCAAAGAAACGGAAUUCUCUAAAGUGUUGUAUUCGGAAAUGAUGAAAAAAUAUAUCGAAAAACAAAAGGAAGAAGCUCUCUUUAGUGGGUGUGGGAAAAAGAAAGACUGUUUAAUCGUCUAA